AUGAACGCCACUGUUGCUUCUGAAUAUUCGGCAGAACGCCAUUCCGUGCCCAUUGAGCACAGAUUCAACCCCUACUCUGAUAAUGGAGGUACAGUGCUAGGAAUUGCCGGCGAAGAUUUUGCCGUUUUAGCAGGAGAUACUCGUCAAGUUGUUGGCUAUUCCAUCAAUACUCGGUAUGAACCACGAGUAUUCGACGUGGGAGACAACAUUGUUAUGACCGCCAAUGGAUUCGAUGCUGAUGGAGCUGCGCUCAUCGAUCGGUUUCGUAAUUCUCUCAAGUGGUACAAGUUUGAUCAUAACGGUAAACGAUUGUCAAUUCUGAGCGCGGCUCGUUACAUUCAGCAUUUGUUAUAUGGAAAGAGGUUUUUCCCCUACUAUGUCAGUACGUUAAUUGCUGGUCUUGAUGACGAGGGUCGCGGUGCAGUUUACUCUUAUGACCCAGUAGGAUCUUAUGAACGAGAGCAAUGUAGAGCAGGAGGAGCUGCUGCCAGUUUGAUCAUGCCGUUCUUGGAUAACCAGGUGAACUUUAAGAAUCAAUAUGUACCUGGAAGUGAUGGUAAAAAGAAGAAGGAGUUGAGGUAUUUGUCGUUGGAGGAGGUGAUACAAUUGGUUAGGGAUGCAUUUACGUCUGCUACCGAGAGACAUAUAUACGUGGGUGACGGAUUGGAGAUCUUGAUUGUCACCAAAGAGGGGGUGCGUACCGAGUAUUUCCCAUUGAAGCGUGAUUGA